AUGAAGACACACAUAGAUAGUUUACAGGACAUUAUAGCGUCUCAUGAGGGUGUCAUGAUUGUCAGGGAUAGACCAAGACACCACGAACUUAUGGGUAACCAUAUGAUUCAAUCUCUGGAUCAAACGAACCAAUUCUCGAGUCCUGGGGUGGUGAGUAAAGAUAACAAAGAUACCUCAUCACAUUCCAAAUCCAGAAUACCUGAAGAGGUGAAUAUUAAUAAUGGCAUAAAGUUACAUCCAUUCUUUGAACUGAAGAUCAAGCCUGGAUGGUUGAAUAAACUUCCAAUGACCCUUCCACUUAUAGAAAACGCCGAAAUGGUGAACACAAGUAUAGGUCCGAUCAAAGAUCAGAAAAUGGAUUCUCCAUUCCCACAUGAUUUGAUAAGGCUGAAACUCAAAACAGCUCAACAGAAACCCCCAAAAGUCUCACAAGGUAAAAUACUGAAGAAUUAUAAUAAAAAACCUGUACUAAGUGCUAAAGCCAAAUUUAUACAGAAGCAUACACAAAGGAUUAGGAAGAAUAGAGUAGAAUGCGAUGACUGUGAUAGAGUAAGCAUUGAAGGUACUUGUUAUGCCGUAACUAGAAGCGGCAGUGUAUUAGUUCCACUCACAUUAUGGAGAAUGACAUCCACAAAACCUGUCGAAUGGAACGAUAAGAUGUAUUCUCGAGCAGAGAACGGAAACCUAUAUAGUGAAAUCAAGCAUGAAAUAGAGUUCUGUAAGACUUAUUGCAGAACAGGGUUUUGUUUUAAAGGAGAAGUGUGCACGAAAGUCCAUGAUCCUAAAAGAGUUAGGAUUUGUAGUCAUUUUAUGGGUAAGGGUUGUACUUCUGAUAAUUGUUUAUAUUCACACUCUCCUAACAAUUGGAAUACUCCCACCUGUAGAUUUGGAACAGAAUGUUCCAACCAUAAUUGCAAAUAUCUUCAUAGUUAUCCUGAACAUUCAGACAAUAGAGAAUUUGAAAUUUGGGGAUGUAGACCAUUUGCUAUCAAUGGAUAUUGCCAAAGAGGGACAAAAUGCCCUUUUUAUCAUUAUCUCACAUGUCCUGACUUUUAUGAAUAUAAUUCCUGUAAGAAAAGAUGUGGAUUGUUCCAUCUUGCUUCGAAAGUAACUUUGGAAAAGUCCUUGGGACAAACUCCUUCGUUAGCAUUGAUCAAUAGUUAUACAGUGUUACCUCAUAAACUAUUUCCCCCACCCGAUACCGAUACGAACCCCGAAAACCAAUAUAUCCUUGACUUUGAGUCUCUGGAUGAUGAUGAAAUUGACGAAUUAGAUAAUGACCUCAUACUUAUAGUAUAA